UUGACAGAGGCGGGGCAUUUCCGGGAGUUGUUCGGGCAUGUCGCAUGUAAACAAUGCAAACUUAUAAUAAAUAAAAAACAAAUUAAAACACGAACUAGUAUCGUGUUAUCAUAGGUUAGUUCCUGCAAUACUGGUGUAGAGUGCACAAAUGGGCUGAGAUAACAGUUUGAGUUUGUUUUUAUGAUGGAUGCGUCUGGAUCUCAACAUCCGCUCGAUGACUGGGACGACAUUAGCGACUCGGAGUUUCUCAACAUCCCCUCCGAGGAAGAAAGUAUCGAGUCCCAGCUUCCUCUCAACAUCGAAACUGAUGGUAAACAUCCAGUGAACUUUGACAAACCCAGUGCAUCUUCAUCACUUCACAAUUGCAGUAAAAAAGCACUGAAGCAAGAAGCAGUGAAAACUGAUGAUGUGAAGGGUUUAAAGAGAAAGAGCCUCCAUGAAAACAGCUUCAGCCCAAUGCAACGCUUCCGGAAGCGGCAUCUGAGUGUGACCCUCCUGUGCGAACAGACUUGGUGUGAGAUGAAGAGCGUUUACAAUCUUUUGAAGCCGCAUAUCAAGAGAAAAGAAAUGCAACGCACUGAGGUGCGAAUUGGACAAGAAAUUCAUUUAUCAAGAGAACUGGAAAUACAGGAUGUUGUCCCUGUAGAUAUCCGCACUAGAGAGGAUGGAGAAGCCGUCAAACUUCUCAACAUGCUACACAUGAUCCCGCUGUUAGAAGCAGGACAGCGUGUGCGAGAGUUCCCAGUGUUUGGUGUGCAGGAAGGUGUUUUCAUCAUGGGGGUCAUUGAUGAACUGAUGUAUAACCAGAAGGGGGAGCUGGUCAUAAAUGAGCUUAAGACACGCAGACAGAACUCCUUGCCCAGUUCUGCGCAAGAUAAAGUCAACUGUUUUCAGGUGGGCCUGUAUAAAUUGCUCUUUGAUGGACUGGUCAGAGGGGAGAUGAAAAAAGAUCACGUUUUCAGUCACCUAAAACUGCAUUCAGCUCAAAUUCUUGGCGCAGGAGUCCAGGCUCAUGCUAAAAACCUUGGGGUCCAUGCCACUACAUUUGAGGAGCUGGUUGAAACUCUGCUUAUAACAGUGUCAUGCUCUGAUCUUCCAUGUAUUGACCUGCUUCAGAUUGAAUACUUUCACCAAGGCUCUAAUGGGCCCAUUGGGACAAGAGUGGCUCCUUUUGAUGAAGCCCAAAUACGGGGAGAGCUUCAGGGUUAUUUGUCCUACUGGACGGGACAGAGAGAACCUAAAGGGGUGGAUAUAGAGGAGGCCUGGAAAUGCAGAUCAUGUCUGUAUGAGGAGAUCUGCGAAUGGAGGAAGAACAGAUUUACAGUUUCUGACCAACAAGCGGCUCAUUCUAGCUCACACUUAUGAUUUUACAGAUCAUAUUUAUAUAUUUGAAUGCGCAAAUCAGUGUUAAUUCCGUUUUUAACUUUUAUACCUAGGUUAAGGUUUGUCUUGUUCUAUUUAAGCAUUUCUGUUUUUAAAUCAAGAUGUGAACAUUAUUGUGCUGCUCUAUAAUGACUGUGACUGAAGUGCUUUGACUUAAUAAUGCACUGUUAAAGCCAUGAUGCAUUUUUUUGUUUAGUUUGGCUUUUAUGGAAGCAGGCUGAAAGCUUUCUCACGUCGUGUGCAUUAAAUGUUUAGGCCACUUAGCUAUUAGAAUGGAUAUGUGUUUUCAGUCUACGAUCCUUUUAUUCAGGGUUGCUUGAUGCAAUGCAGAUAAAUGCAUGAUAUUUUUUUAAAGUGACCAAAUUACCAUAACAGGAAACUCCUUUAUAACUCGCACUUGUGACUUUAUAUCUCAGAAUUGCGUGAUAUAAACUCAGAGUUCUGAUUUUACAACUUGGAAUUCAGAUUUUAUAACUCUGAAUUGGGCUUUAUAACUGGAAAUUCUGACUUUAUAACUCGGAAUUCGGACUUUAUAACCCGGAAUUGGGACCUUAUAACCCAGAAUUCUUACCAUAACUCUAAAUUCUGACUUUAUAACUCACAAUUCUAACUUUAUAACUAGGAAUUCUGACUUUAUAACUCAAAAUUGGACUUUAUAAUUUGGAAUUCUGACUUUAUAACUUGAAAUUGUGAAUUAAUCAACCCAGAAUUCUGACCCUAAAUCAAAAUUCUGACUUUAUAACUUGGAAUUCGGAUUUUACAACUCGGAGUUCUGACUUUAUAACUCGCAAUUCUGACUUUAGAACUCAGAAUUCUGACUAUAACUCUGUAUUGUGACUUUAUAACUUGGAAUUGUGACUUUAUAACUCAGAAUUCUGACUAUAACUGGUAUUGUGACUUUAUAAUUCAAAAUACUGAUUUAUAACUCAAAAUUCUGACUAUAAUUCGGGUAUUCUGACUUUAUAACCUGGAAUUCUGACUUUAUAACUCAAAAUUCUGACUAUAACUCUGUAUUCUGAUUUUAUAACUUGGAAUUGCGACUUUAUAACUCAGAUUUCUGAUUUUAUAACUCAGUAUUCUGACUUAAUAACCCAGAAUUGCAACUUCAUAACUCAGAAUUCUGACUUUGUAACUCGAAAUUGUGACUUUAUAACUCGAAAUUCUGACUUGAUAUAUUUUAAAAUUAUUAUUCAGUGCUCAUUGGGCUUCCAUAGAAUACAGACCUCUAAAAUGUUUCAAAAAUAAAAUGUAUAUGUUUAUUUUUUAUAUUAUUAAUUUACCAAAGAAAUAGAUGGUUGUAUGUGAAAAGUCUAGUCGAUCAGCAGUUCCUAAAAGACUCGGAUCAACCUGUUUCCUAAUUGUAUAAUUGUUUACUUCUUUCUGUUUUGUUUCCACUUCAGUAUCAUGUAAAAAUUAUGAUCAUCAAUUAUUAAUAGCUAAACCAUUAAAAAUAAGUCACCCUAAAUGAGUUAUGCUGUGCUUUUGUGUUUUAACCUUUGUGCUUCAGUUAAAUAAUGAAUUACACACAGGUCCACAGAGGACAAAAUGUCAGUGUAGAAAUAAAUAAAAGUAACAUUUUAAUUCCCUUAUUUUUCUCUUCAAUAGUGCUAAGAUGAAAUGGGUUUUAAUGGGUUUCAGUCGGGACAUUUUUGUCCUGAAGGUCAUGAGUUCAACUAUUUUUGCACCUGUGGAAAAAUAAAGAAAAUCGAAUCAAAUAAUAGCGAUGAGAAUUAAAUAAUAAACUUUAAAUAAGAAUGUU